AUGGCAGUGGCAGAUGUGAAGUUAAAUUCACCAACUCAAACAAACAGUCAAAGUGUUAUUGUCAAUGUCAAAGAAAGAGAUGUUGAAGUGGGGAAACCAUACGAAGACCAAGAUGGUAUAACAAUUGUUCCUGUAAAAGAACAACCAACAUACCCUGAAGUUAGCAGAGACUUAAGUUCUGUUGCAGAUAUUCGAAACGACUACCAACAACUGAAAGACAAACUUCAAACUCAGGAGAAGAUUUGUCAAGCUUUAGGUAUAAUGUUA